AUGCAUGAAGAGCUCUCAGCCCUGAAAUCUAGUGGCACAUGGAUGUUGGUACCUCCGCAACCUCAUAUGAACAUUAUUGGCUUUAGAUGGCAUCCUGUACUUCUUCGACAGUUUACUCGCGAGCUUCAAUCACAUUUUGCAAUGAAGGAUCCGAGAGCUCUCCAUUAUUUUCUUGGUCUUGAGGUCUAUUGCACCAAGGCUGGACUAUUCCUUAGCCAGCGUAAGUAUAUCUCUGAUAUUCUCCAUCGCACAAAGAUGCAAGAUGCCCGACCUAUUCACAUUCCAUUAUCUCUCAAGCAUAAUCUCCAUGAGUCCACAGGUUCUAUGGUCGAUGCUAUUGAAUAUAGAAGCAUUGUGGGUACUUUGCUAUAUCUUACUCUCAUUCGACCUGAGAUAUCCCGUGCUGUAAAUAUCUUCUGUGCCAGUUUAUGCAUUGCCCGGCUGAAGUUCACUGGUCUGGGUGGUUUCCCCAUCUCUCAGAAUCCCACUACAGGCGUUUGUGUUUUCCUUGGCUCCAAUUACAUUAGUUGGUCUUCAAAGAAACAAAAUACAGUUGCUCGAUCUAGCAUAGAGGCUGAGUAUUGUUUGUUAGCAUCUUUAGCUGCUGACCUCACAUGGGUGACGUACAUUUUGAAGGAUAUUGGGAUCUCGUUGUCUCAUCCUCCUUUGUUGUUCACAGACAAUAUUAGUUCCCUUCACCUUACAGUUAAUCCGGUAAUGCAUGCUCACACGAAGCAUGCCGAGCUUGAUUAUCAUUUGCUGCGGGAAAAAGUUGUCCAAGGUGCUAUGGUGACAAGGUUCAUACCUUCAUUGCAACAGAUUGUGGAUAUAUUCACCAAAUUAUCGUUGCCUAAACAGCAGUUUCAUGUCUUAAGGUCCAAGCUUGGAGUUGUACAGAAUCCCACCACCAGCUUGCGAGGGAGUGAUAAACAACAUGAACAAAACUAG